AUGGACAUCAUGACCGCCUUACUACCAAAGGGUAUCACAACUCCAGUUCCGGCUGACGACCGAAGGAUAUCACCUGCCUCAGAAAUGACCUUGAAAAACACUUGCACUGCUCUUCUCUCGCCUUUAUAUGCGCCGGUCGCAAAGCCGAUUUCAAGGAACAACACAAUCCAGCACCUGGAAAACUCUAGUUCCGUUUGGGAACGUACUGCCAAGCCUCUUGAUUUCAGCGACUACUUCACCUACGCCAAAAAGAUCUUGAUCGAAAGCGGGACAGCCGCGGGAAAUAAUAUGGUUCACCAUCCCUACGUCAAUAAUUCCCUUUAUUACAACCACCUCAUCAACGGUGGCGGUUCCUUCAACCACAGCGUCAGCUCGGUCGCGAUGGAACACGGGACCGAUGGUGGCAACGGGAAAGGCGAUGAAGGUCAACAGCACACCCUCUACAGUGUUGCCUUUUCUAAACCUUUGGUUAUUCCCUCAGCUUGGUCCUCCCUUGAGGAUUUGACCACUCCGACCACUGCCACGUCAAGUUCUGCUGCAACCUCGCGCUGUUCAACGCCGGCUACUAAUGGAUGGACGUUCGUUGAACGUCCUCCUCAGGCUGAUCUUUUUAUAGUACAAGAUCCUUCGGAUGCCGCUGCGGCACAGCAGCGCGAUGUCUUGAAGAGUCGACCCUCGUCCCAGAAUCUUCAGGCGCUCAAGAAACGUACCUCAAUGAACAGUUUCACAAGCAACUCCUCAGAACUAACGCAAAGCCCUCCGCUUGAUGGUCACAGUGUAAUCUCUAAUCAACAGCAACCCAAGGUUCGCCGUAGUAGCAACACGACCAUCAUCUCUGAUACGACCUCCGAGAAUUCCGAAAAAUCUGCUGCCAUCGAACUGGAAAAAGAACAAAAGAAGGCUACCCUGUACAAGACUGAAAUGUGUCGAAAUUGGGAGGAACGAGGUUCUUGCCGGUUAGUAGUGUGUGGCCAUGAGCUUUCUGACGUCUAUGGUAACAAAUGUCAAUUUGCGCAUUCCGAAAAUGAAUUACGCAAAAUCACCCAUCACCCAAAAUACAAGACGGAAAUCUGCAAGACGUUCUGGCAAAAUGGUACCUGCCCUUAUGGAAAGCGUUGUUGUUUUAUUCACAAUGAUAAGAAUGGUGUCCUGAGGCGUAAUAGUUCUGAAAACUUAAAAAACUCUGGUAAAAGCAAUGGCAGCAAAUCCAAAGGGUUGAGUAAAUUUUGUAGUGAUCCUGCCCUCUAUGGAUCCUAUGUAAAUGAUUCUGCCUCACCUGUUGUCCCCGUACCGCCUCCAUCGAUGGCGAGCACACAAAAUGUCCCUUCGACCUCGAAUUCAGAUUCUCUUCGCGCUUUCACGGACGCGUACUUUUCGGGACAAGCCGCAGCCAACCAAGGCUCUCCGGAGUCCGUUGAUGGCAAUCCUUCGUCCACCAUCGAAAAAGAGUCCUCGAACGUCGUCACAGGUGUUCAUCGUACCGCCCCCGCGAAUAGCAUCUCAAAUAGCAGCAAUGCGUAUGAUCAAGAAAACUGCAUUUUUGAGGAGGAUGAGGAUAAUGAAUCCAAUUUUCCAACGAGUUUGACCGAUAAACCAUUGAUAUUGAAUGAGACCAUCAAUGAUUUUGGUUCAAUUCCAAUUCCACCAGACAUGUAUGCAACAAAAUUUGACAAAGUUUUGCGCCCCCAAACUCGCCGAAGGGCAUCCACAACCUCAUGUCGACUAGAUAAGGCAGCCAUCAGUUCUUCCACAACUUCCACGACCGUCACCAACAACACCGUUCUGAGGGAAAGGAGCGUUAGUAUGAGCGUCAAUGCAAACAUGGCUCCCGCCCCAAGCAACAGCAACAAUCUUGUUCCCGUUGUUGGUCACAACCGAGGUAGAAGAUUGGCAAUCUUCAGAAAUUUGGGUUAG